AUGGGAGAAUCAAUUCCGGUUAUUAGGGUUCGCAAUAACAACCAUAUUGUUACGUACAUAAAAUCAGAACAUACUCGUGGUGAAUCUGAUUUGGAAUACUAUGAGCGUAGAUAUUACAAAAGGUUGAAGGAUGAUUACUACGAGUUUAAAAUCUCUGAUUUGACAUAUCGUUGUCCGUUUUGUUACAACAAAGAUUACUCGUUGUCCGACCUUUUGAGGCAUGCUUACAGAAUGACAGGUAACUCGCGUAAAACGAUUAAAGAUAUUCCUAAACAUUCUGUUUUGAUAACAUAUGUUAAUUGGUAUGUUAAUGUUAAAUUCGAGGAAGCAUUUAGCAUCUUCAAUAAUGCCAAUAACAACAAUCAUGCCAAUAAUUUUCAUCUACGUCACAUAGCUACUGAAACCCUAGAUGAUAACCAACCAUCUCUUCCCGAGAAACUUGACGAUCCUGCUUAUAAAUCCAAACUGAAAGAAACCGAAGUAGUUGUUGAACAAGAUGUUUCGGUUGAAGUUGACGAAUCGAAAGAUGAGAAGGAAGAGAUCGAUGAACAUGAUGAUUCAGAAAAGAGGAUCAAACGGAUGUGGAGUCUAAAAUGGUAG